AUGGCUCUUCUCUUCCUCAAGAAGAAGCUUUUCCCUACACAGGAUACCAAAAUGCACAGCAAACCCCUCCUAGCUCGUAUCGACGACGAAGAGACCAUCCACGGAGACUCGGACCAAGACUUGGAAUCGCAACGCUCCUACGAUACCUUUGGCCGCUGCGUGAGCCACGACGGAUCCACUAGCAGCAGCAGCACGACUCGCUCUCGCAUCAACCCGCGGAUAAUUUCCGAUGCUAUCCUUGGCCUGUCAGAUGGGUUGACUGUGCCCUUCGCCCUCUCCGCGGGCUUGUCUGCCCUGGGCAAUACCAAAGUAGUCGUGCUAGGUGGCCUGGCUGAGCUUGCCGCAGGUGCCAUCUCUAUGGGCCUGGGCGGGUAUGUCGGAGCCAAGAGUGAAGCUGAAUCAUAUGAAGCCACCGUCCGCGAAACAAGAGAGCUGAUUGAGAGUGACUCCUCCGAGACUCACAACAUUGUCCGCGAAACCUUUGCGCCAUAUGGCCUCUCCCCUGCUGCCAUUGAUGACAUUACUCGGGACCUACAUGCUUCUCACGAGCGACUACUCGAGUUCCUACUUGCCUUCCACCACCGCGAAUCUGCACCAGACUGUAACCAGGCCUGGAUCAGUGCUCUCACUCUUGCCAUUGGGUACUUUGUCGGUGGAUUCAUUCCCCUAAUCCCAUACUUCAUCGUGUCUCAAGUGAUGACCGCGCUGUAUUGGAGCAUCGGGGUCAUGGGUGUCACUCUGCUCGUGUUUGGUUAUGUGAAAACCUGUGUCGUCCGUGGCUGGACUGGCCAUGACAAUGUGGUUGCAGGCAUCUGGGGUGGUGUGCAGAUGGUCUGUGUCGGUGGUGUUGCAGCUGGCGCAGCCAUUGCGCUGGUUCGCUUGAUUGACACGGGCAGUGCGUGA